GAGUUCCGGGUGAGCUGACUUGUAGCCCCGCCCCCUCGGCUCCUCCGCGGGAGCAGAGGCGGGAAUGCAGCACAAAGCGGGAAGUGGCGAGGCGGCGCGGGAGCACGGCGUCCUUGUCCGGCCCGGGGACGGAAAGAAAGGCGAAGGAGGGAGAAGAGAGAGCAGCGGGUGAGCAACAGGUACAACGAUGGUGACAGUUAAACCUGACCCACCCUUACUAUGGAAUCAUGCAGCUUUGGCGUUCCCAAGAUGUGACAGGACAGCCAUGAAAUGAUUGUGCCAGGAUGCCAUCGCAGGAGGGGGAGGAGUCGCCUCCCAAUGGCAGCCGCUCCAAUAGUCGCCUAAAAAGCAAGAAGCCGCCCAGUCUUGUCAUAGCCAUACCUAAACCUGAGGAGAUGAUGUCCCGUGACACUACUAAGCAAUCCGUGCGGCCAUCUUUAAAGAAAAGCAUGAGUGGCCAAGCAGCUGGUUCCAUGUCAGAGAGUCCGGGCGCAGGAGGAGAUGGAGGCUUCUCAGCCUCAGAGAGGAGGGAGAAGUUUGGAAGGCAGACCUCUCUCUCACAAAGCAUCCGCAAGAACACGGCCCAGUGGUUUGGAGUGGGAGAGGACUGCGAGAGCAAUCAGCAGGUUUGGCAGAGGAAGAGCCUGCGCCACUGCAGCCAGCGCUACGGCAAGCUGAAAGCCCAAUACAGAGAGCCUGACACCGCCACCAGCUUGGAGCAGAGUCUGGAAUCCCCGGGAACACAGAAGAUGCCGAAGAUUGUGGACCCCUUGGCACGGGGACGAGCCUUCCGUUACCCAGAGGAGAUGGACCCUCGCUCCCCCAAGGGCUAUCCUAUCACCCCUGGGGUCACCUCGCUCAGCUCCUUCACCAGCCAGCGCUCAGGGUACAGCCGCUUCCCCAAACGAAAGAGGGAGUCCGUGGCCCGCAUGAGCAUCCGUGCCGCCAACAACCUGCUGAAGGGCCGAAGUGGCCUAGCGGGGUCCCUAGCAGGUCGCAGCUUCCCCAGAAGGAGCUUCGUCAGACCCAGCUGGAUGGACGACGACACGGUGGACUUGGCAGACAUGUCAGGCUCGCUGUAUUUUAGCAAGGUGGACGUCCACGGAGAGAUGUACUCCAUGGCAGAUGAUGUCUUUGAGUCGCCGCCAAUAUCUGCCGCGUUUGCCACAAGUGAACCACUGGAGCAGAAAUUAGCAGGCCUUAAGGACACAUCUCGAACACCAACAGCAGCGCAGGAGAAAAGCCAUCCUCGGCGCGGCCAUCGCAUCGCUUCCCAGGUGAAGCACUUUGCCUUUGACAAACACAAGCGUCACUACGGCAUGGGUGUGGUGGGCAAGUGGCUGAACCGCCAUUACCGACGCAGCAUCAGCAGCAACGUGCAGAAACAGCUGGAUGACUUCCACAGCCACAGGCCUUACUUCACUUACUGGAUCACGUUUGUCCACAUUGUCAUCACUUUGCUGGCAUGCUGCACUUACGGCUUUGCCCCUGUGGGCUUUGCACAACAUUCGAAGACGGAGCUGGUGCUGAAGAACAAAGGCAUCUAUGAGAGUGUCAAGUAUAUUCAACAACAGAACUUUUGGAUUGGUCCAAGAUCCGACGACCUGAUCCACCUGGGAGCCAAGUUCUCCCCUUGUAUCCGUCAGGACAAACAGAUAGUCCAUCUGAUUCAGAAGGCCAAAGACCUGGAGAAAGAGUCUGGAUGUUGCGUCCAGAAUGACAACUCUGGAUGUGUGCAGACCUUCAGCUCCGACUGCUCUGAGACACUGGCCACUUUCAUCAAAUGGGACAAUGAACCUGUGGACAUUACCAGGUCUUCUGGCUCUGUCUGUCACCAGGAUCCCAGAGUAUGUGAAGAGCCUGCAUCGGCCGAGCCUCACACCUGGCCAGAUGACAUCACCAAAUGGCCGGUGUGUACAUUUCCCAAGAAGUGGAACCACACGGGCUACAGACACAUGGACUGCAACAUCAAAGGGCGGCCGUGCUGCAUCGGCACCAAGGGAAGAUGUGAGAUCACCACCAGGGAGUAUUGCACUUUCAUGCAUGGAUACUUCCACGAGGAGGCCACCCUCUGCUCACAGGUGGAAUGUCUGGAUGACGUGUGUGGCUUGCUUCCUUUCCUCAACCCUGAUGUGCCCAAUCAGUUCUACCGUUUCUGGCUCUCCCUCUUUCUCCAUGCCGGGUUGCUCCACUGCCUGGUGUCCGUGGUCUUUCAGAUGACCAUACUCAGGGACCUGGAGAAGUUGGCCGGUUGGCUCCGCAUCUCCAUCAUUUACAUCUUCAGUGGGAUCACGGGGAACCUGGCCUCUGCCCUCUUCCUGCCCUACAGAGCGGAGGUGGGUCCAGCCGGAUCUCAGUUUGGACUCCUGGCCUGCCUCUUCGUGGAACUCUUUCAAGGUUGGCAAAUGCUGGAGAAACCCCGAAAGGCCUUCCUAAAACUGUUGGGCAUCGUCUUCUUCCUCUUCCUCUGCGGCCUGCUGCCUUGGAUCGACAACAUCGCCCACAUUUUUGGCUUCCUCAGCGGUCUGCUGCUCUCCUUCGCCUUCCUUCCCUACGUCACCUUCGGGAUGUUGGACAAGUACCGCAAACGCGCUCUGAUUAUGGUGUCGCUGCUGGCCUACCUGGGCCUGUUCUCCUCACUCAUGGUCUGGUUCUACAUCUACCCCAUCAACUGGCACUGGUUGGAGCAUCUCACCUGCCUGCCCUUCACCAGCAAGUUCUGCGAGAAGUACGACAUCGACCACGACAUCAACCACGUGGUGCACUAAGACCUGACCGUGGCCUUGACUUGGCGCUGGUGAGUCAGCAGAAACCCUGGGGACGGGGAAGAUAUACUCAGGACUUCUACUGCACACAGCUGGAUGAAACCAAAGAAGACAAGGCUCACGAGACAGAGCUGGUCCAUAGGAGGUCCCACUUUGGAGAAAGCAGUACCAACCACACUGGUCAGGGCUCGCAACCUUUGGGCACCUAACCAGUCCUUCCAAUUCCUGUGUAUAAGUGUUUAUACAGUAUGUGUGUGUGUGUGUGUGUGUGUGUGUGUGUGUGUGUGUGUGUGUGUGUGUGUGUGUGUGUGUGUGUGUGUGUGUGUACAGUAUACAUGUUAGGUCAGGAAAAGCAUCCUCACAGGCUUGUAGCCUGUGUAUUUUUUCCUGACCUAAUGUAUAUUCUGCUAUGUAUAUAUGUAUUAGGGAUGUCCCAAUCCAGGAUUUUGCACUUCCUAUCAAUCAAUCAAUCAAUCAAUGUUUAUUUAUAUAGCCCUAAAUCACAAAUGUCUCAAAGGACUGUACAAACCAUUACGACUACGACAUCCUCGGAAGAACCCACAAAACGGCAAGGAAAACUCACACCCAGUGGGCAGGGAGAAUUCACACCCAGUGGGACGCCAGUGACAAUGCUGACUAUGAGUACUGGAGCCCGAACGGAAAACGCUCUAUAGCCCGCAGACUUUUUUUGGGCUUUGGGAAUCACUAACAAGCCGGAGUCCUUUGAACGCAGAUUUCUUGCCGGGACAUAUGGUACAAUACAAUCGGCAAGAUAGGAUGGAGCUAGACCGUGUAGUAUUUUAUACGUAAGUAGUAAAACCUUAAAGUCACAUCUUAAGUGCACAAUAUGUGAUACCGAUACUGGCCUAUCCGAGCAUGUAUUAAAGUUUAAAGUUAUUUACCCUAUUUAGUUGUCAGAUUCAUGCUGAAAAAGAUUUUAGUACUCUUGAUCACAACUAGCCAGCUGAAUUAGGUGAGUUUGAAUAAUACACAAUAGUUGGUAUUCAAGGAUAAACACAAAACAUCAAAAUUGAUACAUGACAAACAGAAAUGGCAUCAUUAAACAGUAAACAAAUGAACAGUAUAAAGUGCAAAUAAUGCUGUAAACAUUAUUUAAAAAAGCAAAACACACAAACAACCUGAGUGGGAUAAAAUGUCUAUAACUCAGCAUCAAUACUUGCUCUUGAACAAGUGUAAACUUAAAAAAAUAUAUAUAUAUAUAUAUAUAUAUCUACACACUCCCUUCAAUUGUUUGCCCCAGUCACAGGGGGGGCAAACAAUUGAAGUCCAAGCAUAAUGGGGAGAUUCUUUCUAACAAAGACAAGCACUUGAAGAUGCUCAGGUGUCAGCCUGCUCCUGUCUUCAUCAAUGAUGAGUGCUAAAAAUCCUCACACGCAAGAGUCAUUAAAAUGUCUUACAACUUUACCACCACGCUUGACUUUAUUGUGGCAUGUUUUGCGCUCCACCUCUUCAUCUUUUUCAUUUUGUAGGGUAAAAUAAUCCCACACAGCUGACAUUUUUACCGUAACUUUUAAUUCACACGGCCGUCUGAACGGUUAGAACACAGACCUCUGGAUGUUUUGAAAGUGUGCUGGAAAAUGUGGAACGGAGUUUAGGGAGCAGCAGAAGAGUGGAAUGUAUUAUUUAAAUCGGUGCGUUGGAAAACACGGACCGCAGUUAUUUUUAAAACUGGAUCUGGAUCAGCAUUUUCCCAUUCCUUGCUGAUACGCAUUUUUUGGCAAAUAUCGGCGGCCGAUUCGAUCCAAAUAUCGGAUCGGGACAACCCUAAUAUGUAUGUAUAUGUACAUAUAUGUGUGUGUGUGUGUGUGUUUAAAUAUAUGUAUGUGUAAAUAUAUAUAUAUAUAUACUGUAUGUAUGUGUAUAUAUUUAAUCGAUUUAUAAAAUUGAUAAAAGUCAUGUUUUAAUAAUAUAUAUAUAUAUACAUUCAUGUAUAUAUACAGUAUAUAUAUAUAAAUGUAUAUUUAUAUGUAUUUUAUUUUUGAUCGAUUUUUGAAAAUUAUGAAUCGAUGUAAAAUCAGGAUAAUUAAGAAUUGGGAUUUGGAUGUGAAUUGAUUUUUUUUUGUGCACCCUAUUAUUUGGUAAUUUUAAUGAAACAUUUUUAAAACAGGCUGCAGGUUAGAAAAGCUCCUUCUGGUUUCAUGGAGAUGGCCAACAAAUGGCUUUUUUUAAUGGAUUUUCAUUUUAAAAAUAUAUCGCCAGCGGCCCCCGCGACCCCGAAAGGGAAUAAGCGGUAGAAAAUGGAUGGAUGGAUGGAUAUAUGUAUUAUAUAUGUGUGUAUGUAUGCAUACAUACAUAUAUAUUAUAUAUGUAUAACAUUUAUGAGGAUUUUUUAUCAAUGUUUGAGAAUGCUGAAUGUAAUUAGAAUGCUGAUGAAUAAGAAAGGUGAAUGUGUGUUUUAGCGCAGCCUGCAGGUCAUCUGCUCCUUGCAGUCAGUGACCAGUUCCACAUCAACUACUUCAAAGGGCAGAAACACAAGCAGAUGCCGUGAAAGGGAAAGUGAAAGUAAUCAUGUCAGACCACCACUGGUUGCCUUACACUCUAUAUGCAUGUCACCUUCCUCUGACCUUGGCAGAACAUUGAGGAUGUUUCCAAACAUUUCAACUAGUUGUUGACUUCCUGCUGGAUGGUGUGUGUGUGUGUGUGUGUGUGUGUGUGUGUGUGUGUGUGUGUGUGUGUGUGAGAGUGUGUGCGUGCGUGUGUCUGUGCGUGCAUGUGUGUGUGCGUUUGUGUGUCUGUGUGUGAGUGCAUGCGUGUGUGUGUGUGUGUGUGUCUGUGCGUGCAUGUGUGUGUGUGUCCGUGUGUGCGUGUGUGUCUGCAUGCAUGUGUGUGUGUGUCUGAGUGCCUUUGCGUGCGUGCGUGCAUGUGUGUGUGUCUGUGCGUGUGUGUGUGCAUGUGUCUGUGUGUGUGCCUCUGUGCGUGUGUGUGUGCAUGCAUGUGUGUCUGUGCGUGCAUGUGUGUCUGUGCGUGUGUGUCUGUGCCUCUGUGCGUGUGUGUGUCUGUGUGUGCGUGCAUGUGUGUGUGUGUGUAUGUGUGUGUGAAUGUGUGUGUGUGUCUGUGUGUGCAUGCAUGUGUGUGUGUGCGUGCAUGUGUGUGUGUUUGUGCGUGCAUGUGUGUGUGUCUGUGGAUGCAUGUGUGUGUGCGUGUCUGUCUUUGCAUGUGUGUGUGUGUGUGCGUGCGUGUGUGUCUGUUCGUGUGUGUGUGCAUGUGUGUGUGCAUGUGUGUGUGCGUGCAUGUGUGUGUGUCUUUGCCUGUGUGCGUGCGUGCGUGUGUGUGUGUGCUGCUGGGAAAAGCCACAGCGUGCAGAGGGAUUAGGCAGUUAAGGUAAUAAUGAGAUUUCCGGGUUGACUCAGGGGUCAAGUGGGGGAAAACUUUGACUUGUUGUAACGUGUUGGCCUCUUAUUUAAACUUCAAGCCCGCAAGGACAGCCCUCACUUUUUUUACUCUUGCACUAUGUCUUCUUAACAAUCAUCAUGAAGGUGUUUGGACUGUCAACACUUUCUCACCUUUUCUAUCACCUCAGCAUAAAAAGGGCAGGAUUGAUGUCAAAGUCACUGUAUUUCAAAAUAAAUGACACUAUUCAUUGUAAUAA